UUUAAUCAGCAUUGGCUGCAACCAACAGAAGGCAGUGUCGCUUUUCCCAACUGUAGUGUUCAGUCUGCAUUUCAUAUUUUCUAUGUAAUAGUAUUGUAAAAAUACAAAACAAAGUAAAAUUUACAUCCAGUGUUCAUUCGUCAUUUGAUUGAUUAUCAUGUGAUUAUUUUAACGGAAUUAUCUAGAUAGAAACUACUGAACUUUUUGUACAAGUGUUAAAUAGUGCAACAUCCUAAAAGAUUUUAAUAAAUUACGGCGGAACAGUUCUCAAUAAUGGAGACCGAAGCAGACGUCGGCACGCAGCAGAUUCCUCAAGAGGCUUCACAACCACUUUUUGGUCCACUAGACAUUGUUUUAUUAGCUGCCUUAUUGGGAGUGGGAGCAUGGUGGCUUUUAAAAAAGAAACCAAAGGAAGAAUCUCAUUUAAAUGGGAAGACAUAUUCCAUUCAGCCUGCCAGCAUGACGCCCCUUCAGGCCCCGACAGACAACUCAUUCAUUAAAAAGUUAAGAUCAUCAGGAAGAAGUUUGGUGGUGUUUUAUGGUAGUCAAACUGGUACGGCAGAAGAAUUUGCUGGAAGGUUGGCGAAAGAGGGAGUAAGAUAUGGAAUGAAAGGAAUGGUUGGUGAUCCAGAAGAAUAUGACAUGGAAGAAUUAGUAAACCUAAAAACAAUUCCAAACUCUCUGGCUGUGUUCUGUAUGGCGACCUACGGCGAAGGUGAUCCUACCGACAAUGCCAUGGAAUUUUAUGAAUGGUUACAAAACGGUGACGCAGAUUUGACUGGACUUAAUUACUCCAUUUUUGGUCUAGGAAACAAAACAUACGAGCACUACAAUGAGGUUGCAAUUUAUUUAGAUAAGAGACUAGAACAGUUAGGCGCAACUCGUGUAUUCGAUCUUGGCUUGGGUGAUGAUGACGCAAAUAUUGAAGAAGAUUUUAUCACAUGGAAGGACAAAUUUUGGCCGGCUGUUUGUGAAUAUUUCGGUAUUGAAUCUACAGGAGAAGAUGUUAGUCUACGCCAAUACAGGCUCACUGAAUUUAAAGAUGAUGUGCCUGACCGAAUUUUCACCGGAGAAAUGGCUCGUCUUCAUUCUCUUCAAAAUCAAAGACCGCCGUAUGAUGCUAAAAAUCCAUUCUUAGCAAAAAUUCAAAUAAAUCGUGAAUUGAACAAGGGAGGAGACCGUUCUUGUCGCCAUAUCGAAUUCAACAUUGAAGGUUCAAAGAUGCGUUACGAUUCAGGUGACCAUGUUGCGGUUUAUCCCAUCAACGAUACUGAACUAGUAGAAAAACUCGGAAAACUCACCAGUACUGAUUUAGAAACUAUUUUUACAUUAACCAACACCGACGAGGAAUCAAGCAAGAAACAUCCAUUCCCCUGUCCUUGUUCUUAUCGCACUGCUCUAUCGCACUACCUGGACAUCACGAAUAACUUGAGAACUCACGUUCUGAAAGAAUUGUCCGAAUACUGUAGCGACCCCAGCGAAAAAGAGAAACUUAGACUAAUGGCAAGCACAACUAGUGAAGGAAAAGCAUUAUAUCAACAAUGGAUCAUCAACGAUAAUAGAAAUAUUGUCCACGUUUUAGAAGAUUUGCCUUCGUGUAAACCUCCAUUAGAUCAUUUGUGUGAACUGCUUCCACGUCUUCAACCACGCUACUAUUCUAUUUCAUCUUCGGCUAAAUUAUAUCCAAACACCGUGCAUAUAACUGCAGUUGUCGUCGAAUAUAUGACACCAACUGGAAGACAUAACAAAGGAGUUUGUACAACUUGGCUGGCUAGAAAAUUACCUGAACCAGAUAUUGAUUUGCCUGUAGUCCCCGUAUUCAUUCGAAAGUCUCAGUUUAGAUUACCUGCAAAUCCACAAACUCCUGUUAUAAUGGUUGGGCCCGGUACGGGAGUCGCUCCAUUCAGAGGCUUUAUUCAAGAGAGAUUUGCUCUUCAAGAUGAAGGCAAGACUGUUGGUGAUACAAUUUUAUACUUCGGUUGUCGUAAACAGUCAGAAGAUUUCUUGUAUGAAGAAGAAUUGCAAGAAUUUCAGAAGAAAGGUCUCAAAUUGUACUUGGCUUUCUCAAGAGAUCAACCACACAAAGUUUAUGUACACCAUCUCAUGGACCAAAAUCACGACGAAAUAUGGAAAAUUAUCGGGGAAAAUAAUGGACAUGUAUACAUCUGUGGUGACGCAAGAAAUAUGGCUAACGAUGUUCGCAACGUUUUUCUGAAGAUCUUAAUGACGAAAGGAAACAUGAGCGAACAGCAAGCAUCUGCUUACUUGAAGAAAAUGGAAACGCAAAAAAGAUAUUCGUCAGACGUUUGGAGUUAAUGAAAGGAUUUACUAAUAGUUUAGUAAUAUGAAUUUCAUUAUUACAUUGAAAAGGACAUUAUCAAUCGAUAACAGGAGGCUGUCCUUGUUGAUUUAGGACUGUGAAAAACUAUAUGGUGCUCUACUCCAGAUUUUGGGACCAUUAGCUUUAAGCUUAUUAGUCUACGAAAAUUUUAAACUAAAACUAUAUACUUUGUUAAGUCGUAAUUCUUUUUGUAAGAUAAAGAAUGGGUAAUUGUGGCAGCUUUUUCAGAAUUUUCAUAAAAAUAAAAUAUUUUAUUAAAUAUAAA